CGUUCUGUACCAUGGGGUCUUGGCGUCGUGUGUUGCAUUUUGGAGGGGUGUCUCUUCGGGGUGGUAACGGGGCCUUCCUCCUCUGUGGGGGAAGCAGAGUGUCGGUUUGUCGGCGCCAGUUAACUGAUUCUGAAAAUGAGACCCUAAAACAAAGAAGAACACAAAUCAUGUCCCGAGGACUUCCAAAGCAGAAACCAAUAGACGGUGUUAAGCAAGUCAUAGUUGUGGCUUCUGGAAAGGGUGGAGUUGGAAAAUCUACUACAGCAGUGAACCUUGCUCUUGCAUUAUCAGUGAAUGAUUCGUCAAAGGCUGUUGGUUUGUUGGAUGUGGAUGUGUAUGGCCCUUCAGUCCCGAAGAUGAUGAAUCUGAGAGGAAAUCCUGAAUUAUCACAGAAUAACCUAAUGAGGCCUCUUUUGAAUUAUGGCAUUGCUUGCAUGUCUAUGGGAUUUCUGAUUGAAGAGACUGCACCAGUUGUUUGGAGAGGCCUUAUGGUAAUGUCAGCCAUUGAGAAACUGUUGAGGCAGGUAGAUUGGGGUCAGCUGGACUAUUUAGUUGUUGACAUGCCACCAGGAACUGGAGAUGUGCAAUUAUCAGUCUCACAGAAUAUUCCCAUUUCAGGUGCUGUGAUUGUCUCUACACCCCAAGAUAUUGCACUGAUGGAUGCACACAAGGGUGCUGAGAUGUUUCGAAAAGUCCAAGUGCCUGUUCUGGGCCUUAUCCAAAAUAUGAGCGUUUUCCAGUGUCCAAAAUGUAAACACAGAACUCAUAUUUUUGGUGCUGAUGGUACAAGGAAAUUAGCACAGACACUUGGUCUGGAUGUUCUAGGAGAUAUCCCUUUGCACCUUAAUAUAAGGGAAGCUUCAGAUACAGGCCAGCCAAUUGUGUUUUCACAGCCUGAAAGUGAAGAGGCCAAAGCUUAUCUAAAGAUUGCUGCAGAGGUGGUAAGAAGAUUGCCACCACCUCUAGAGUGACUCCCCCAGUAUUCUGGAAAUUUGCCUGGUGGUUGAGACCAAGAAGAUCUUUGGUAAUAAGCAGUCUUGUGGUGAAACCUGCAAAUAUAAUCGCAAUCAUAGUUGUUUUCAUAAAGAAAUGUUUUAUUUUCAGAUUUGAUUUGCUAAGCAAUGACAUACAGAUGAGAUUUUUAUAUAUCAGUAGAAAUUGCUACAUUUAGGAUUUUUUUUGAAAGAUGACGUGACCCAGAUUUGCAUUUAAUUUUACUGAGCUACCAAGGAGUCAUGUGUUUAUAUUCUAAGCUCAACCUUGAGUUCAGUAGAUAACAGUACUCUUUGCGGGACUACAGAGCUAGUAAUUUAACGGAUUUUCUAAUUUGUAUAAAAACACUUCUAUCAGGGAUUUUGUUCUGGGUUUGAGUCCUUCCUCAAGUACUGCCUUAGACAUAUCCUGUUUUGUUUUGUUU